AUGCUCGCCGGUUCUUCGCUGAGUGCCGUUGCUGCCGACUAUACGCUGCGUGCAACCGCCAAUUCCAACGAGAAUGACGAAGACUAUCAUGGUCUCGUUGUUUUCAAGAACUUUGUCGAGUCCGCUUCCAACGGAGCGAUCGAGGUCGAACUCUUCAUCGGCACACAGCUCUGCUCGAAUGGUGCUGAAUGCCUGCAGGGCGUUGCCGGUGGUGCGAUUGACAUCUACAUCUCCACAUCAGGCGGAGCCUCCGGCAUCUUCCCUUAUGUUCAGGUUCUCGACCUGCCUUACAUGAUGGCCGACGACCGGAUCGCCGAACAUGUCCUGUCCGGCAACUUCACCCGCACCAUUCGCAACAUGGCGCUGGAAGAUAGCGACAACACGAUCCGUCUGAUGACGGUUGGCAACACCGGCGGCUGGCGGAACUUUGCCAACACAAAGCGCCGUGUCGCCAAUCCGGCCGACAUGGAAGGCCUGAAGAUCCGUACCGUUGUGGCUGACCUGCCGCAGGAACUGGUCAAGGCACUUGGCGCCUCUCCGACGCCAAUCCCGUGGCCGGAGCUGUUCACAUCAUUCCAGACCGGUGUUGUUGAAGGUUCCAAGAACGGCAUCACCGACAUCAUGAGCAUGAAGUUCCCCGAUGCCGGCCUGCAGUAUGUGACGCUCGAUGGCCACGCCUACAUGGGUGCCCUCUGGUGGAUGAGCAACGAACGGUUCCUUGCCAUGCCGGAAGACAUGCGCCGGGUCGUGGUCGAUGGCUUCUAUCAUCUGCAACAGGCUACCUUUGCAUCGCCAAAGCGUGAAUCCAUCGAAAAAUAUGAAGAGUUCGUUGCCGGCGGCGGCGAUCUUUAUGUUCCAACGCCGGAACAGAAAGCCGCUUUCAAGGAAGCAGCCGCACCGGUCUACGACUGGUUCAAGGACAAUGUCGCACGCGGCGGCGAGAUCUUCGGCGCACUGGAAGAAGCCGUUCAGGAAGCUGAGACCUCCGUCAACGGUGCGCGUGACGCCGACCUGAACUAA